AUGGCAUCCACAAGAACCCCAACCCACCGCCCAUCCAGUCUCCGCUCCACCGACUCUGCCUCCUCACCCAUCAACCCUAUCGCCGAAGAAACCAUCUCUGCUGAUGGCUCCAUCACCGCUGCCGCUCCACUCACCGAAACAUCCCCUCUCCUCCCAUCCCCCAAAUCUCGUCGCAACCUCUACGACAAGUACCUCCACUCUCCCAAAUCUCAACCUCAAGCAAAACCGCGGUCGGUAUGGAACUCCAUCCUCAUCCUCCUCUCCAUCUUCUUCUUCGCUAUCACCGCUUCCAUCAUUCUCAAGAACCUUCUAGGUGAGUUUGACGACCCAACCUCCCCCACCUCACCUUUCCCCGGUACAGACCCACGCGGACGUCGACAUCCAGCGAUCCUAGCCACGGGGCGCAAAGCUGGAGUUGCAACUGAAAAUCUAAUCUGUAGCAAAAUCGGAAUGGAUGUGUUGCGGGAAAAGGGAACAGCAGUGGAUGCAGCUAUUGCUGGUACCUUGUGCAUAGGAGUGUUGAAUAUGUUCAGUAGUGGAAUUGGUGGAGGUGGGUUUAUGAUUGUUCGUGAUGCAACACCUUGUUUUGACCGCAGCGGUAAGGGUGGGGAAGGAGGUGGCGAUUGUGUGGAGAGACUGACCAUCGAUUUUAGAGAAACUGCACCAGCAGCAGCGAAUAAGACCAUGUACGUUGGGCGCGUACCAAAAGCUCAAUUCGGAGGUCUUGCUGUAGGAAUUCCCGGCGAACUCCGAGGUUUGGAAGAAGCGCAUAAACGAUUUGGAAAGUUACCGUGGAAGAGAUUGGUGCAACCCAGUGUUGAGUUGGCCAAAGGUUCACGUGUGUCGAAGGAAUUGGCGAGGAGGUUAGGGUAUUUUGGUGGCUUUAUGUUGGAUGAUCCGGUCUGGAGGCAGAUUUUCGUUGAUGAAUCCACGGGUGAGGUUAAGAAAGAAGGCGAUAUCCUGGAGAGAAAAGCAUAUGCUAAAACGCUGCAGACGAUUGCAGAUCAUGGUCCGGACGCUUUCUAUUCGGGUCCGAUUGCGGAACAUCUCGUUAAUACGACUCAAUCGCACGGUGGGAUUCUGACAAUGGAAGAUAUGGCAACGUAUAAAGUGGUAGUGAAACCCGCUAUUUCAGGUUCUUGGCUUGGUAGGAAGGUCUACACUACGGACGCACCCACUUCUGGACCUAUCCUGCUGUCGAUCCUAAACCAGCUCAGUCUUAUCCCAGACUUCAUUACGGGAGAACCGACAAGUUUGAACAUGCACAGGUUCAUCGAGACACUCAAAUUCGGGUUUGGUCAACGAACCGAGCUUGCCGAUCCCGCUUAUCUCGCACCUGAAGAUGUCGAAAGGAUAGCAGAGAUCUCGACUAUAGAAGAAGCUCAGAGCAUCGUACCCAACAUCACAGACGACAGAACGCAUCCGCUAGAAUACUACAAUCCAAAAUUCGACAUCAUCAACGAUCAUGGAACUAUGCAUCUCUCUAUCCUCGACUCGCACGGUCAAGCCAUCGCCCUCACCUCCACCGUCAACCUCAUCUUCGGUAGCCAUGUUAUGGAUCCCCAUACCGGCGUCAUCCUUAACGAUGAGAUGGAUGACACAUCUACCCCUGGCGUACCCAAUGCGUUUGGCCUCGCCCCAUCUCCAUACAACUACCCCGAAGCUGGGAAAAGACCUUUAAGUUCAACCUGCCCAACAAUCAUCGAGCGCGAUGGAGAGGUAGAGAUGGUUCUAGGCGGCAGCGGUGGGAGCAGGAUCUUUAGUUCAGUGUUGCAAACCAUCUUCAACUGGGUUCUGUGGCGGAUGGAUCUAAGCGAAGCGAUUGAAGCUCCUAGAGUGCAUCAUCAGUUGUUACCGAAACAGUUGAGUGUUGAGACGGGCUACAGUAAUAAGACGUUAGCUGGCUUGAAGGGGAGAGGACAUGAGGUGAGUUGGAUUGAUAUUGAUUUAGGGAUUGCGGAGGUGCAAGCCAUUGCGGUGGGAGGAGGGAAGGGUAGGAGGAGAAGGGUUUGGGCUGCUAGUGAUAGUAGGAAGGGUGGAGUUGCUGUUGCGAUUUAA